AUGAGUCCCGGGUGUCUACGACUAGAAGCUUCCUUAGAUAAGGAGAAAUACUACCAUGGCGAGUCCAUAGCAGUCAACGUACUCGUAGACAACAAUUCCAAUAAAACAGUGAAGAAGAUCAAAUUAUCAGAGAAUCAUUCCCCAUCCUCCCGAGCCAGACAGCAGAAGGAGGGCCUCGGGAUUAUUGUUCAGUAUCGCGUCAAGUUGCGAUUGGUCCUCGGUUUCGGUGCAAGCGAUGUUUCUCUUGAACUUCCUUUCACUCUGACACAUCCGAAACCUGUCCCUGAGUCUGAUGAUCAAGAGUUGAGGGUGCAGGACUUCGAUGACACUCCUACCUUUUCUCCUGGAUCAUCUCCUGCCUUGGGACCUCCACUUCACGAUGUCACAUUUUCAAAGCCGCUUCCCACUGCACAUGUGCCAACGAACGAUCUCAUCGCCUUAAAUGUGGACGUGUCUCCAUCCCAACCGCCGAUCCCCCCAGCCAGAAUGGGACAACCGGCCAUGCACAGGCCAAGUGGACCACCGACACCACCUUCGCUUUGGAAUCCUUGUCGGACACUAUGCAGAAGAUGA